AUGGAAAAACUCGAGGAGAACAUGACAAGACUUCUAAAGGAACUGGAGGACAAGAUGGCUCAGAACAAUCAACGUACCAUGGAGUCCAUAAAGAAAAGCACGGAGUCCCUAGCCGACCAGAUCGUGGCUAAGUUAUCUGGUUUACAACAACAGACAAGUGCAUCCGGAGAAGCUGCAUCUGAGGGGAUAACCAUACCACCGACCCCACAAGUGGUUGCCUCAUCUGGGACCUUACCCGGACUGCAAGGUGACUCAUUUGUCGCUAGAGGGAAAGCUGUAUCAGCGGCAAAUUUACAGACUUCUGCGCUCGUUGAUGUCUCCCUUGCUAUUGCCACUGGAUCUACGACGACGACGACGACGAGCACCAUCAUAGCGAAUCCGCCGGUGAAACGUUCCACCAAGGACCGGCAUACCAAAGUUGACGGUCGGGGGCGGCGUAUACGAAUGCCUGCGGCCUGUGCGGCUAGAGUUUUUCAACUGACUAGAGAGUUAGGUCAUAAAUCGGAUGGCGAAACGAUUGAGUGGCUUUUACCACAGGCUGAACCGGCUAUCAUAGAAGCCACCGGGACUGGUACAAUACCGGCGAAUUUUUCGACGCUUAACGUUUCGUUAAGGAGGGAUGGCUCGACGCUUUCGGCUCCGCCGUCGAAGUCGGCUCCUCACUUGUUCCAUGGCGCUUUAGCUUUAGCUUCAGCUUCUCAUGAAUCUCAUCAUAAUUCAUAUGGAGAAGGUUUGGCUCAUAGUGCUUCGUUGGGUUAUCACCACCAUCAUCAGCAGAUUUUAACGGCAUAUCAAAUGGCCGACACUUUACCCGGAGGUGGUGCUGAUGGUGGUGGAGGCGGCGGAGAUAGUGGGAAUUCUUCAAGUGAGAAUUAUAUAAAGAGACGUUUUAGAGAGGACUUGUUUAAGGAAGAUAACCAGCCACGAGGCGAAACUGGUAGCAGCCUCGGAAACGGUGACGGUGACCGUAACGGAAUGUCAACUAAGCCUUUUAAAAGAGGUUUAAGUACUCAAUUGCCUGAACCACCGUCAAACAUCUUGCCCGCCACUGCCAUGUGGGCAGUUGCACCAGCUCCCGCUACUGGAACUACGCACGAUUUGGAUGCUUCCUGUCACCAGCAGUUCCGCAGCAUCCGGGGCCGGACCAUCCGAGCCCUAGAUGUGGACUUUCGGAACAACAAGUGGGAAUACAUUGCAAGCACCUUUACAUUUCGUACCCAGAUUUAA